CCUCCUCCUCCGCUAAGGAGCCCACAAAGGACGUACACGCCCAGCUAUGUACAUGAACGCGGCCCCUUGACCCGCGAGACCUGCCGCGUGAUGCGAACAAUCGUGCAAGGCGAACUCUCGAAACCAGCGUGGAUUCAUGUACGUGUGCGUCCUUCUUUCGCUCCUGAUCCUCCGCCUCCCUCAACCUCAUGGGCUAUGAUGUGUUCUACCAUGCCUAUCCUCGCGGAUGGCUCUGUCGACCUCUACCACCCAGCGGGCGAGCUGAAGGUCUGUUUCUUUUCGCGCCUUGACAGUCGUCGGCCAUCCCAGCCUUCUCUGGAGAGCAUCCAUCGGCGCCACACGCGGCUGGGCCGCCCACCGGGGACUGUUGCACUGCCAACAAAUGUGACUCCACGUUCGGGGUGAUCUUCUGCACCACGGGCACACGCCCGCAGCAGCGUCCCCCUUGUGCAAGGCCAUGGGCGAAAACGUCGCGCCCGCAGCCACGCGGAAGAAGCCGGGGACCUCCUGGAUCGUCUCCAGCACCUUCUUAUGCCUGAUGGGGUCGUACGGGAUGUCCACACACUCCGCAGCAUCGCGGCGGUCGCCUCUUUGCCAUGCGGCGUAGAGAUGCUGUCGACAGCCUUCCUGGAGGAGGUGGGCCACUCGUUCAGGGGGCUUCCAGGCAGGGUGCGCCUGCCGCAAGGUGAUGGUCUCCCCGAUGCCCGGGUGCGCCCAAGUCCAGGGAGCCUGCACCGUCCAGCCAGUCCAAGCCAAGUGCUGGCUCAAGAUGCCGCCCCAGCCGCUCUUCGAGGGCCAUGGCAGCUGUUCCGUGAAGUCGGCAUCGGAGAUCUGAAGGCAAUCCUCUCGACGUCUUCCAACUGCAAGGAGAUCUUCCUGCACGCCCUGUACUGUAGCGGCUAUUCCGCAAGCCUUACCUUCUUGCCAACUGUGUAUGUGCAGAGGGGCUUGUGGUCCGCGUUUCCGUUGCAGAUGGUCAGGUUGUGUCUAAGGACUACGUCGGCCUGUACCUCAGUGCCCGCGAGCAUCGCCACAGCCUGCUCCUGCGUUCCCAUCACCUGCACGCCCCAUACCUGCGACUGCUGAGGCCAGAGCGCUGCCGAUCAAACAAGCUCGCAGGACAGCCAUCAAUACAGGCUGUGUAUGGGCAAGGACGUCAGGGUAGUGUCUGGCAGACCGUUAGGUGCUAGGUCUAUGAGCUCAAAGGGCUUGAACCAAGAGUGCCAUGGAAGAUAUC